CAGCGCUUCAAGUAAUCCGACAACGUGUGCACUGAGAUUGCGCUGUUCUAUGGCAUCACCAUCGUCUGGAGCGAUAAAGGCUCUCGACGCAUCGUCGGUUCAUCGCAUCUCCUCUGGACAAGUUGUAAUCGAUCUUCAAACUGCAGUAAAAGAGCUAGUAGAGAAUGGUCUUGAUGCGGGUGCAACGUCUAUCGAGGUGCGGUUCAAGGAUCACGGCUUGGAUUUCAUAGAGGUGACAGACAACGGCAGUGGAAUAGCUCCUCAGGAUUACGACGCCAUUGCUCUGAAGCACCACACCUCCAAGCUGUCGUCUUUCGAUGAUCUUACCGUCUUAACUACAUUUGGCUUCCGUGGCGAAGCUCUUUCAUCGCUAUGUGCUCUUGCUGAGCAAGUGACCGUUGUUACGGCAACCGCCGCUGAAUCACCAAUGGGCACUGUCAUCGAACUUGAUCGUGCAGGACGAGUGAGCAGCCGAAGUGGGAAGGUGGCGAGGCAGCGAGGGACAACAGUCUCUAUAAGUGGCCUUUUCAAGCCACUGCCCGUGCGUCGUAAGGAACUGGAGCGCAAUGCGAAACGGGAAUUUGGAAAGGCCCUCGCAUGGCUGUCUGCAUAUGCUUUGAUUCCAUGCGCGCAAGAGAACAGAGGAGUGCGCCUCACAGUCACGCAUCAGCCCAGUGGCGGCAAGAAAUCCGUGCAGCUUCGAACAGAUGGUACACCGUCCACGCGCAGCUCGGUAUCUGCUCUUUGGGGCCCAAAAGCUCUGGAGAAUCUGGUCGAGCUCGAAUUGUGUUUUGCUGUCGAGACAGAGCGCUCUGUGCUCAGGAGGCGACGGUUGAUUGAUGGCGCUGAUCAUUCAAGCGAAGUACGCGUACGCGGAUUGGUCUCCAAAUUCUCGGUUGGCUGUGGGCGGACAGCCACAGACCGACAGUUCUUUUUCAUCAACGGCCGGCCGUGCAACCCACCUAAGGUCCAGAAAGCGUUCAACGAGGUUUAUCGAUCCUUCAAUGCUAACCAAGCACCCUUCAUCGUGGCCGACUUCAUCCUUCCCACCGACUCUUGUGAUGUGAACGUCAGUCCGGACAAACGAACUAUUCUUCUGCAUAGCGAGAAUAACCUUGUGCAGGCACUCAAGGCCGCCCUGGAAGAGAGUUUUGCUGCCUCCCGAGCCACUUAUGACAUCAACCCUGCUUCCUCUUCUGUCACAUCAAGCCCCGUCGUGGCAAAGCGAGGGCCUGAACGUCCGAUCGAACGGGGGCGCCUCUUUUCCCAAGACGAAUCCGACGCUGUAAAUAAAGGCGAGGAUGGCCGUCCUGAGGAGCAACGCCAAUCGACUGGAACAGGGCGCUCUGACAAUAUUAGCAAGAUGAAUGCUGGGCAUGACGAAGCCGGCUUCGGAGAGCCCCUUUUGUUGCAAAACAGGCAGCUGUCCGGGAGUGUGGCGACGUCUGCCGGAGAUGAUGCGACAGAGGAUGGACGCUCAUCCAGUUUUGUCGAACCUCCCACGCUAGCAGGUCCAGGCUUGGAAGACGAUGCAAGGCCGACUUCCGAAGGUCCUCGAGGUCGUGAAAUGGUUGCCAGUUCACACGUUGCGGCAGGCCAGCAGAGUCCCCUGCGCUCUUCCCAAUCAUCUGCGUGUGCGAUGACGGGCGCAAACGCUGAUUCGCCCGAUGCCAAUGAAUGUGAUCGCGCCGACAAGGGUUCGUUGGCGAUGACGCAAUUGGGAGCUGCGGUAUGGGAAUCGGGCUCACCAUCUGCUAGUCAGGUGGACCUGCCGAUGAGCUCGCAUGUCGAAAGCACUCAGCGCGUUGCAGCCGCUGAGUCUACAUCUGCGGGCGAUGAACUCCUCACUGUCUCUGCACCUCGGAAGAAGCGUCCUGCGGACGUUGCUGACGGGUCGCGGACUGUACAGAUGGUCUUGAACUCAACCGGCGUUGCAUGGAAUCUCCGUCACACUGCACCGGAUGACGACAUACCCUCUUCCAAACGACGUAAGACAAGCAGCCCUCCUAGGGGCAAGGAGGGUCGCAAUGCGCGAGAGGACCUCCGUGAGAAAUUACGAAAUUUUGCUCGAACUGGCAGUCAAAUAAUGGACGUUGAUAUGGACGAAUCAAUCACCAGCAUGGGGGGUGCGCUAGUGGGCGAAUCGGAUCAGCUGGGUGUUCAUGAACAGCAAGGUGUGGUGCUAUAUACGGAAAACAAUGACGCUGCCGAAGACUCGUGCAUUGAAGGCCGUAGCGAAUAUGGUUCAGAAAUCGCCCCACAUGAUCAAAGUGGCAUUCCAAGCUCAUCAAGCCACUCUGACGUCGAUGUCGUUAAUGAUUCCGCGACCGCGCCUGAGUCGGAGGCCGGCAUCUCCGACCCAACAAUAUCCUCCCCAUCUGAUACAACGUGUGCGUCUCGUCCCGAGAUCAUACGGAGCGCGGACGGUGAAGACGUUACUUUCCACUUUGAAAUACAACACGUGUCUUCGCGCUGGUCUCGAUUGCAAGACAAGGUUUCGGGUGUAGGUGGCUCUGACACACACGUUGCAAUAUCGUCUGUGCCGCAGGAUGCCGGCAUAACCAACGCAGACGAUGAUAAUGUAGCGGCGGAAGCUCUAUCGCGUGUUAUCUCCAAGGCAGACUUCACUUCCAUGCAGAUUGUAGGGCAAUUCAACCUUGGAUUCAUCAUCGUACGGAGACGGACAUCGCCAUCCCGGUCUGAUUCAAAUGAUGGAAAUGCAAGUGCUCAAGCCAUGGAUGAUCUGUUCAUCGUUGACCAGCACGCAGCCGAUGAGAAAUACAACUUCGAGACGCUGCAAUGGACAACUAAAAUAGACUCGCAAAAGCUGUUUCGACCACAGCCAUUAGAGCUCACUGCGGCAGACGAGUUACUUGCUGCAGAGAACAUGGACGUCCUGCGGCAGAAUGGUUUUGAAAUUGAUACCAAUGAAGACGUUCUUUCGGGUGAAAGCCAACAUCGGCUUCAACUGGUGGCGCAACCUACGAGCAAGAGCACAGUUUUCGACAUUAAAGACUUAGAAGAGCUGCUCCACCUGAUGCAUGACAGGCCAGCGGGGCAGAUGGUCAGAUGCUCGAAAGCACGGUCCAUGUUUGCAAUGCGUGCAUGUCGCAAGAGCGUUAUGGUUGGCAUGCCCCUGUCCCGGUCCCAAAUGGCUUCCAUUAUACGACACAUGGGAACGAUGGAUCAGCCAUGGAACUGCCCUCACGGGAGACCUACCAUGCGUCACUUGUCCGAUAUUGCUACAUUUGGUAGAGGCCGGCGGCAAGACAGACAUGGAGAUGUCGAUUGGGCGAACUUCGGCAGCUAGCUGGUGAAUUGGUCCUGACGUCCGAGAGUAUACGACGUAGAUCUAUUUCUGAUGCGCAAUGUGUUUAUACGUAGUGGGUGCGUCCACGUAUCCAGCUCUCCCUUCGUAAUGUAUUCCGUUCCUGUUCACUGACCCAAUCUGUAAUUGUGGGUAGUACCCUAACGACUAAACGACCGUCUCAACUCUGGC